AUGGUCCAUCAUCAAGUUACUAUCGUCGGAUCCGGCCCUGCUGCCCACACCGCUGCCAUCUACUUGGCCAGAGCCGAAAUCAAGCCUACCAUGUACGAAGGUAUGUUAGCCAACGGCAUUGCUGCUGGAGGCCAGUUGACCACCACCACCGACAUCGAGAACUUCCCAGGUUUCCCUCAGGGUAUCAACGGUACCACAUUGAUGGAGCAAAUGAAGGAGCAAUCCCUCAGAUUCGGCACUGAAAUCAUCACUGAGACCAUCUCCAAGGUCGACUUGAGCCAAAGACCUUUCAAGUUGUGGACCGAGUGGAACGAAGAUGCUGAGCCAAUCACCACCGACGCCGUCAUCAUUGCCACUGGUGCCUCCGCCAAGAGAAUGCACAUUCCUGGUGAAGAAACCUACUGGCAACAAGGUAUCUCUGCCUGUGCCGUUUGUGACGGUGCUGUGCCUAUCUUCAGAAACAAGCCAUUGGCCGUCGUUGGUGGUGGUGACUCUGCCUGUGAAGAGGCCUUGUUCUUGACCAAGUACGCCUCCAAGGUCUACUUGUUGGUCAGAAGAGACCAAUUGAGAGCUUCCACUAUCAUGCAAAAGAGAGCCAAGGCCAACGACAAGUUGGAAAUCCUUUGGAACACCGAAGCCAAGUCCGCUAAGGGUGACGGCAAGUUGUUGAACGCAUUGGAAGUCUACAACAACAAGACCAAGGAAACCUCCGACUUGCCAGUCAACGGUUUGUUCUACGCUAUUGGCCACAUCCCAGCCACCAACGUCUUCUCCCAGUACUUGAAGACUGACGACCAAGGUUACAUUCUCACCACCCCAGGCACUGCUGAAACCUCGAUUCCAGGUGUUUUCGCUGCUGGUGAUGUGCAAGACAAGAGAUACAGACAAGCCAUCACUUCUGCCGGUACUGGAUGUAUGGCUGCUUUGGACUGUGAAAAGUUCAUCAGUGAACAAGAAGUCGAGUAA